UCCACCUCCAAGGAGCUAAUCAGUCAGGAGCAGGCGGAGUUGGGGUGGAGGAGAGGUGGGGAAGUGGAAGAGGGAACAGAGACACUGGCUGGCAAGGACACACUCUCCCAGAGGGAAGCUCCCCACAUCUGCAGCUGGGCUUACAACAGGAUGGAUGGAGCAAGUGAGCUGUGUAAGCGAUGAAAGCAAAAGCUGACAUGAAUUGUGUUGGGAAGACUUUUUGUGCCUUUGUUCUGCUCACCGUCGCUGUGGCCAUGGUACCAAUGGGUUCUCAGGCAAGAAAUUCCACCGGAUCUGAUAUUGAGCCCAGCCAAGAAAACAAUUCAAGCGCUGAAAACAUCAGCGAGUCUAAAAUAGUAGCUGGUUCCAGUGUUAGUCUGACCUGUGGUGACAUUUCAAGGGCGGAUCUGGUAGUAGUGACAUGGAAGAUAAGACCAAGGACUGGAAAUCACUGCGCACUGGCAUACAGAACUGAUCAGAACAAGACAGACAGAACAAACUGCAGUGAGAGAAUGGAUUGGAAAUCUAGCCCUGAAACUGAUAGUGCGCUUCAGAUACGGCAAGUGACACUCACGGAUGAGGGAUGUUAUAUCUGUGAAGCAGUAACUAGUGGUGGAAAUUUGCAUCGAACCUACACUCUGACUGUAUUAGUCCCUCCUGAAGUGACCUUGACCUGUGACAGUAAUGGGACUGCUGUGUGCAAGGCAGCUGCAGGGAAACCUGCUGCACAGAUCUCUUGGGACCCAAAUGGAGAUCCCAGGACUGAGCUUGAAAAUCACACAGAUGGGAUAGUGACUGUGCUCAGUAUAUACAGCCCCAGAGAGACCAGUAUAACCUGCCUGGUGUCUCAUCCGGCUUGGAACACAAGCCAAUCCAAGGAAUGCCCAUCAGACAAUGGAAACAUGUUUCUUCGACAUUUCUCCAUCUGUGCUGGUCUCCUGGGCAUCUUCUUCAUUCUGGUUUUCGUUUUCUUUUGUAAGCUCCACUGUGGCAGAGUUUGUUAUAAGUCCAAAAUCCCUGAGACUGCUCCCCCACACAACAUGCAGGAUAGUAAUGAGCAGCAGGAAUUAGAGCCCUACGCCAGCUACUUGCAGAAGGAAAAUGUGAUCUACAACACAGUGUAUGAAGUAACAGUGAGUGAAGACCUUCCACCUGGGCUCCAGUCAGCAACAUGAGAAUCCACCUGGGCCCAACUCACCACCUGUGUGAAGAAGGGGAACAGGUUGCAGGGAAGAUUAAUGAUACUUGAUUCCUUUCAGAAGAGGAUCUCCAUCACCAAACACUUUCCUCAUGGGAUUCUGGGAAGCAAGGAUCUGCAUAGCCACUGGGUGCCUCCAAACAUAUCUGCUUGCUGAUCAAUUCCUCUUUCCCUUUUUGUCUCCCCAUCUCCCCAUUCUGGGAACUGAGUAGCACUGUGAAGGACGGAGUGACCUGCUGCCACUGGUUUCACCAUGGACAGCUCUUGUGCUCACAGGUCCCCACUGACUGUCCUGACUUUAGCAAUCCAAAAAUCUGACAUUCGCUUUUAGGCAUUAGUUCUGUGCCCCUUUGGGAGGGGGAGUAGAGUGAAACAGCCACUGACCAACAGCAAGUCUACUGUAAUAGUAAGGGCAUUGGUUCAAUAGAGGAUAAAUCAGCUGGGAUGGGAGAUAGAUUUUAAUCAACAGAGUAUCUUCUUAUCCAUCCAAUCCUGAGAAGCAGCACUAUCUGUUGAGGAGGUCCAUUGGGUAGGAAGAUGGUUCACAGACAUGCUGAAUAACUGGUCAGAUCUCCCAUUGAACACAAAAUGUUUUCUAUAGUUUGUACUUACAAGUCAUUCUCAGGAGUCUUCCGCUGGUGGAAUCUCCUCCUUCAGGGAGCACAGGCAUUAACAUACUCCAUUACUCGGUUUCUAACAGUGGCCAAUGCCAAAUGUUUCAGGAAAAGAAGCAAAACAUCGAUAAUGCGUCUACUGAGAUUGUGCAAUAAUGGACCAAGCCAGGGUAAUUUCUUUCUGUCCUCAGCUGGUACUUGGUUUGUCUUGAAACAUAAGGCUUGCUGGCCCUUGUAAUAUUUAUUUUAGCUAAUGUUAAUUGCAGAGGGUGGUUUCAAUUAUAUGCUGAAACCUGACCUUGAAUCUUAUUAAGCUAUUUUGUCUAAAUAUAAUUGCAACAUAAGGUUAAUUUACUUCAUAUAA